AUGGAUUUAACUCUACCUAUCAACUACAAUGUGUUUGUUGAACGAGAAGGCUUCACUUUCUUUUCUGAUAUCGAGUACAAGAAUAUACCAGUGCUUUGCUCACAUUGCAAGAAAACAGGUCAUGAGGUACAAGAUUGCAAAUUUCGGAGGAAAAUCACAGCCAAUACUAAUCCCAAGGGUAAAACUACAUAUGUGCCUAAAGUUUCAAAUGUUAUUCCUCCUUCUCUGGUUAUCAUUGAAGAUGCAGAAGUCAUUAUUGAAAGUGAUAAAAGAGACCUGAACACAAGCAAAGGGGUGGAUAUAGAAGCAGAUAUUGAACAAAUUCUGUUGUCCGAAGAUUCAGACACUCAACUGUCUAAUUUUGUAGAAGCUACUCCAGACAGGGCGGCUAUUAUUUUAGAUACUAAUGCUGCUGAUGCAAGUUUUUUAAAGAACUCUUGGGGAAAUCUUGAGGAAAUUGAUAAAGGAAAUUCUAGGGGUGAAUGGGCUUUCAUUAAUGCAGUCUCUCAGUUGAAAAAGAAGCAAUCUACAAAAAAAAAAGAAACAUUACACUACUGA